AUGGUUUCUGGAAUGGUGGAAGGGGAAGAGAGCUGGCAGAUGAACACAUCCUUGCAAGGGACAAAGGACAAAGGCGAAGACCUAGAGAGAUCAUCUGAGGACCUGAACCUGGAGUACACUCUGCGUACAUUGGACAGGAACAUCCAGUAUCUCGCAUGGCAAAUGCAACGCAUCACUGGCCCGUCUGCAGACUCUUCUGCAUCCAACAGCUCUGUGGAGAGCGUCGUUUCACUCUGGAGUUGGACCCAUUCAUCAGCAGAUAGCCGGUCUAGAACACCUCCUUCCCCGGUGCCUGCCACUCUGGAAGAAGAUGUUCAGAGUGAGCAGCAACAGCAGCAUCUCAUCAGACCCCCCGGGGCUGGGUUCCAGCAAGCCCGCCUAGAGGCCCUGUCUCAUCGCAAGGUCAAUUUCAACAUACGUCAAAAGCAACUUGAGGAGCUGUGGGGAGGACCUACGCCCCACAUGGAGUCUCUGACCAGACUGAUCCCCUUGGCCCCUAAAUUGCAUCCAGCAACCAAAAGGACCAAUCCCAACCCGCAGAUUAGAGGGACCAGGAUCCUGAGCUACAAGGAGCAGGAGCUGCUCAACUGGCACAUCCAGAAGAAACACCAGGAGGAGGAAGCAGGACCCGUGCAACUGGCCCUGGCCGCCACCGGGGCACUUCCUGGCAAUGACAGAACUCAGGCAGGUGGGAUGAUGCAUUGGGUGACCCAGCAGCCACGUCCGGGUCAGGGGAUAUACAGCCACACACCCCCUCAAAGCGUCGCACAAGGCCGUCGCACACCUCCCAAGUCCCCUCGCACACAAAGUCCAGGUCCCUGUGCACGGCCAAUGAUACCUCCUCCAGAAGACUUGCCACCUUCCGCCAUACUCAUCUGCAAGGACAAUAUCCACAGCAAUGCCCAUGAAUCUGUGGAAGUCAAGGUGAGAGGCAGGGCCCCCAAGGAGGAAUGGGUGGGAAAGCUCUCCGUGGUAGGGCGUAGCAAGAGCCCCACAUUGAGAGAAUCUGGGAGACCCGGAACCCCCAAGGAGAAAAAGAAGGACAGUCACAGCCCUGCCAGGAGACCUGGGUCUCCCAAGGAAGAUCUCAGCAGGGUGGAAACAGCGGGCAGUCCCAAGGACAAGCAAGCGGAGGUCAAGGUCAGUGGGAGGAAAGACCAGAGAUUCCACACCUUGAGCUGGACUAACAUGCCUGAUUUCCAGAAACCAAGUCUGGCCCAGGAACAACCUGCCCAGCCGAAGUUCUUGGACCCCUCUUUUAUGUGCCAGAACCAACUAGAGUUGCCCUGCAUUGCGGCAGCGCUAGAAGAACAGAAGCAGAAAAGCUGCCCGUUUGCCCAACCCCCUCUGUGUCCCACUGCGAGAACUCCUAAGCCCCUGUGCUUGGCCCACUCCAUCGUACAGUCCUUGGACACUGAGCAAGCCAUGCGGGACCUGCAAACACACCUGGCCAAAGGGCUCAGCCAACCAAGUGUGGAGUACCCCCUGUGCCUGCUGUGUGGUCGCUGCACCCCAUAUUGCCCCCACCCCCGUACGCAGCACAGCCCCAGCCUCCUGGUCUACCCCCGGCUGGAUGUGCAGGAUGGUGGUGCAUAUAUGACCCUCGGCUUCCUCCUUAAGAUCAAGAGGUCUGAAGCCGACCAAUGGGGGUUGACGCAAGGAACAGAUGUGCUCAAGGCACCCAGCGACAAAGAACGCCCCUCAAAGAGAGAGAAGAGUAGGCGCACAGAAAGAGUCAUGCUGCAUAGAAAGAGCCAAGUCCGUGCAGCCGGACCCAGACCCCAAGACCCCGAGACCCCAGAUAUGUCAUCUCAGGUUGCUAGGAAGCAUUUCCCAGAGAGUGGUGACCGGAAGACCAGAAAUCCAGUGGUUACUCCUCAGGUUGCGCGGGUUACUGCAACCACCCCAACAUCUGCAACCCCACAAACUCCUAAAACGCAGUUCCAACCACCGCCUGGCCGGCCGCCGCCCCCACCUGCCAGGCCGCCCCCACCUGCCAGGCCACCUGCCAGGCCACCCCCACCAGCUCGAAGGCAAGUCCCUCCUAAGACUCCUGAAAACCCCCCCUCCAUUCUGAAACAGCUGCUCUCCACCAUCAAGCACAUUUGGGCCAAGGUGCGAAAGGAAGCAGAGAAGAAGUGCCCUGAGUUGUGUUCCAAGACGUUAUCCCCUGAGAAAACCCCUCCCUCCAAGAAGCCAGGCACUCCCCCAUCUGCCCGUGUUGCCCCUGAGCCCCGUAAAAAACCAGGGGCUCUUGCACUUGAGUACCCCGCCUCUGGGGCCCAAACGAAAGGAGACGUUUCAAACGCCAGGCAAGCCUCUCCUUUGCUCGCCAGCAAACAAGACGCUUCUCGCAGCAAAUCAGCCUCUCCUCGGACCUCCCCAAAAGUGGGAACCCCUACAGCAAAAAAAGCUUCUUUUGCCAAGCGUACACCCACAACGGACCGCAAGGGGCGAUCCCCGCAUUUUAAAGAGCCAGAUUCACCUCGAGUCUCCAGGAGAGGAUCCAGUAGUCAUAAAAAGCCUGCUUCUCCUAGAACGCCAAAGAAAUCCCCCAGUUUAGUAAGGAAGUCUGCCUCCAGGACAAGAAUCCCCAAGGCUGUCUGA